AUUCAGUGAUUGUGAAUUUUGUAAGCACUUUAGGGCAAUUACUGAUAAAAAAGAUUGUGAGGUUGAAAUGGCAAAUCAUGAGGACGACUGCACAUUCGACGUUGACAAUAUUGCCAGUGAAUUGGAACUUCUUAAUAAUUUAAUCGAAGAUGCUACAAACAACAAGAAAAUCUUGGCUUCAAGGUUGGAUCGUGCUAUCAGUUUAAAGAGAAAAGUGGAACUGAACGAAAAAGCUGCAGAAGAAGCAAAAGCGGAAGCGGCUAAGAGUAGUUUAGAUAUUCUUGCAAAGGUGGAGGCACUUAAACAGGCGCAGCAGCUCGUAAAGGAAACAAAUGACAUGCAUGCUAGGGAACUGCAUGCACAGAAGACGGUUUUAAGUAAAGAUCUAAAAGAACUUCAGCUCCGUAUGUCUAGUGCUUUGAACGAAGGAAGAAGAUCUCUUGGAGCUUCUGAUGUGAUGCGUAACGUAUUAAAGAUGAGAUUGACUAUAGCUGUAAGAGAAAAGGAGUUAGCAGAUAAAGAAAAGCUAGAAAAGGAGAAUUUGGCUCUGGAAGCACUCGCGUUUGAAGAAAGCCAAAUGUUAAAACUGGAAAAUGAGUCAAACAGACUCAAACAAGAAGCAGUGAAGACGUCCAAGUUGCAGGAUUUGUUCAAAUAUCGUGAAUCUGUCGUUAAUAUGUUACAUGCAGAAGCAUCUGAUAAACAUCAAGAUAUUAACUUGUUUAUAGAGCGUCUUGACCAACCCCUCCUGAAGCUACAUGGAUUAUUAUCGUCUAGCCAAACAUCAGCAGAUUUGGAUUUGGAGGAGCAAGAGGGAAAGAAAAAUGGGUCAUCUGAGGUAAAAAGUGCACCCGUGGUUGCAGAUGUCACUGAAGUGGGACAUUCAGUGUCAAAUAAGAGCUCUGUUGCUUCUGCACAAACUCAUGCAAAGCAGGUAGUUCCUCGAGCUGUCAAGCCUGCUGUUAAAAAAAUGAAAGCAAAAGCAAAACCGAAACCGAAACCGUGUGCUGCAAAAAGAAAGAUUGAAGACGGACACCGAUCUCAACUCUCAUCUCAUUCCUGAUGUUGAUUAAUUUUAUUUUGUGGUGGUUAAUGUUUUCUUUUUUGGGCGGAUAAAUUGAAUGAGAUGUACUGGAACAUUUUAGUAUAUA